UUCCAAUGACCAGUUCGAGAAUUGAGAAGUAUUGGAACGCCGUUAUAUCCAAGUACCCAAUGGCGCAGCACAAGGCGAACCCGCUACCGAGGCCUCACUUCAGAUGCUCAAAGGUGCGACAUGAUCCACCCAAGAGAAGUGCUUAAAGCUCAAGCACAGCUGCCCAGGGGUGGAUCAGAUCCGCGUGAUGGCCACGUGUCGUUCUCGCUUCCGCGUCUUCCGAUCAUGGCCGCGUGUCUCCCGGAUUCGAGGCUCGUGCAGCCAUUGCAGAUGCAUGGAGUCCCUGUCGAUGCUCGAGAUGCCUUUCAACCGACUUCUUUGAUGCUGGCAAUAAAACACGAUGACAUCAGCACCGUGAGAGAUCUUCUGAAAGCAAAGGCAAAUGUGAAGGCACAGGAUGGUUUCGGGACCACUCCACUUGCCACAGCAAUUCAACUGGGGCAUCACUACUCCAUGUUUUUGCUUCUGGAAUAUGGAGCGCUAUGUACACUUCAAACAGCAGAUCACCAGGGCAUCCGCCCGCUUCACAUAGCCGCGUCGGUGGGGGAUUUGCUCGUCGUGAAGCUCUUGGUGAAAUUCCAUGGAAAUCCCGUCACCAAAGAUCACUCUGGUCGAUCCGCCCUCGACUUUGCAGCUUUGUCCGGCCAUACAGAUGUUUUGGACUUCUUGAUAAACGUCCUCCAAGAUGGGGACGAAGAUGGCGAUUCUGAUGGUCACCGUCACCGUCUUGCAGGCAAGAGGUCCGUUUCCAGUUGCCAGGACAUGAUGCAAGUUUCUUUAGACUGGCUCAUUCAUCAAGUAAUGUACCCAGAUCCUCUCACGCGCAAGGCUGUGCCGAUCUUUUGUCAUGUCGCAUGUGCGUGUGCAGUUUGGGAGCAUUGGCUUACUUCCCGACCCUUCCGAUGGCUGCAGAUGCCGAAGAUCACCACAUGCUUCGAGUGUUUGUUGCCUGUGGUGUUGGGCUUUGCGCAGUGCAUUAUCCGAAUGGAUCCUGGUGUCAUUCAAAAGCAGAAAGAUUCGGGCAUCAAGGAGCUGAUAUCCAUGCUGGAGAAAGGAGUGUUGCGGGAGAGCUUGCCCAAGACGAGACAGCUUUGCACGAGCACGUGGGUUCUAAAGGGUCUUCGGACCAAGUACUGCAGACAGACAGGCACCUGCAUCGAAGAGUUUGACCACUUCUGCAUUUUGCUGGAUGUUCCCAUUGGCAGAGGCAACCAUCGGCCAUUCCUGCUUUUGAUGUUUUUGGAGGUGGUUGCCCAGCUGAGCCACAGCAUGUUAUGCAUUUGCACCCUCAUCCUGGAAGCACCUCCAGCCGGAAUUCGCGGCGUGGUGACCAAUUGUACACAGCAUCCCAUGGUGGCAUGUCUUUUUGCACUGCAUUGUGCCACCAUUCCAGGCAUCAUGUUUCUGAUCCUUGUCCAAGCUGCUUUGAUCUCGCAGAACCUUACCAUGAAUGAGAUAAUGCACAUGCGAAGGUACGAACAUUUCUGGUCAGCUGAUCAGCGCUUUACAAACCCCUUCAGCAAAGGAAGCGUCGUUCGGAAUUGCUUGGACUUCUGGUGGACGCGCACUCGUGGCAGGCCGAGGUUAGGUGAGCCCCUGACUUCUUUGUAAGUAUGGGGAGUGCUUAGAUCGCCCAUCUCCUAGACACAACAUCGUUGCCCUUGAUGACAAUGGUAAUAUUAUAUGCUCCUGCAACAGCAAAGGACCAAAUUCUUGCACACAAGUGAGAUUCACUGAGAAUCUCUGCGAAGCUGCGAUUGACUGAGAUCCAAUUUCCAACCGUCUUGACACGGCUGGCUUCAGCCUCGGACCUGCGAAGCUGCAGAUCACCGGAUGGAGCCAGAGCUGAGAAGAGCGUCGAACCAGUGUCGGUCACCGUGAACACCUUCAUUGCUGGGAAGCCCAAGUUCGGGCGGGUUCCGCCUGGGGCGGGUUCCGCCUGCGGUUCCGUUCUUUGAAGCUCAGCCUGCUCACAGGUACAAACUGUGUCGCAUUGAGGGAGUGCAAACAUAUCUCACGCAUUCUCAGACGGAAUAUUGGACGAUUUUUAUUGGUUUUGAUCGCAAUUGCGCACCUAAGAGGUUGACCGACCACGAUGUUUGUCAUUAUGGACAGUGAUCCUGCACGACCAGCAGGAGUUGAAUUGAAGCUCGGCUGCACGAAGGAAGCACAAAGACUUGACAUGAAGGGCGGGCCACAUGUUUCGCGGAUAUUCCAAAGCCAGAAAUGGCCUGUUUGGGUCGUAAGCAUCUCUGGGGUCACCGAUGUCAAGCUGGAUCCAACCGAACAGGGGUUGCCAGACCGAUGGUUCGGAUCCGAAAAGGCUGGCGGCGAAAAACGCGAUGCCCUUGGUUCCGUUCGUAGUAAGGCCAGGAGCGCCCCGUUCGGUUCGCGUCCGAACGCUCCGUUCGCAGCGAUGCCCCCUUGUUCCGAUCGUAGCUUUUGCCCACAAUGGGCCGCUGCCUUUUUCAGGCGUGGAUGUUUUGCGACUGGCU